UAAAAUAAACGCCAUUGCACAGAAUCUUCCAGGGCAUGGGGAACAGAGAAGCUACUGCAUACAGGGAUUUCACAGGCAUCCUCUGAUGGUCACAUAUAUAUAUAUAGAUCUAUAUAUAUAUACAUACAAAAGCAUACAUCCUCAUCAAAGGUUUUUGUGAUGCCAAUGCUAUUCUCCAAUAAUUGAUACUCAAACACAUGAACCUAAGCCUAAAUAGUCAAUGGAACAAACUCUGAGGCUUGUUGAGAAGAUAAUCUUGGGUGAGCCAGUCGCGCCUGUUAUCCUGUGGCAAAAACAUCUAAGCUUCUGUUGACAUCAAAACUCAAAACGAACAAAGGUAGAAGGAACCAAAGAUCACAUUGCUGAACAAAGAAGACGACCAGGGGCUUCGUCCACUUCAAACCAAUUUCUUUGUGUAAUUCAGCAACCACCCCAACCUGUCACCCUGGAGUCGUGGAAGAGGUGGAAUGAAGGCAGAAUGGUGUGGUGUGAGAAAGGGGUUCAGAUUCUUCUGACCACAGUGGGAGCUUUUGCUGCAUUUGGGCUUAUGACAAUCGCCAUAGGAACAGAUUACUGGCUUUAUGCCAGAGCCUUCAUUUGUAAUACCACUAAUAUAUCCAGUGAGGAAAUACUAAUGAAAGAUAAGAAGGAUCCAGGAGGGUUGACUCACUCUGGCCUGUGGAGAAUCUGUUGCUUGGAAGGUCAAAAAAGAGGUGUGUGUGUUAAAAUAAACCACUUUCCAGAAGACACAGAUUAUGAUCACGACAGUGCUGAGUAUCUUCUACGUGUUGUCCGUGCCUCAAGCAUCUUCCCUAUCCUCAGUGCCAUGCUCCUUUUACUUGGGGGCCUAUGUGUUGCUGCCAGUCGUGUUUACAAAUCAAAGCGUAAUAUCAUACUGGGGGCUGGAAUUCUGUUUGUUGCUGCAGGUUUAAGCAACAUCAUUGGUGUAAUUGUUUACAUUUCUGCAAAUGCGGGAGAUCCUGGAACCAAGAGAGAUGAUGAAAAGAAAAGUCAUUACUCAUACGGCUGGUCCUUCUACUUUGGGGGGCUUUCUUUCAUCAUUGCAGAGAUGAUUGGGGUCCUUGCAGUAAAUAUUUACAUUGAGAAAAAUCGAGAAGCCCACUGUAAGUCACGUACAGAACUAAUAAAAAACCCCUCAGCCAUUCUUCGCCUACCUAGUUACCGGUUUCGGUAUCGUCGACGCUCCAGGUCAAGUUCACGCUCCACUGAGCCUUCUCAGUCUAGGGACACUUCUCCUGUUGGAGUCAAAGGGAUACCAUCCACUGACAUCUCCAUGUACACAUUGUCAAGAGAUACCUCCAAGGCCAAUGUAAGCAGCUUAUAUAAUACAGAGCGUGGGGAUCACAGUUUUCUACAGCUCCACAACUGCUUUCCCAAGGAUUCCGGGGUUACCGUCACGGUCACAGGUCCAGCCUCAAACACAGGCACCCUGGGCAAGGACGGUUCUAACACCAACACGUUAAACAGGAAAACCACACCUGUUUAGGUGGGCCCAAAAUAAAGAUAUUGUAAGUGAGUGUGAAGGAAUGAAUGUACAAUGCGUGUGAUGAUGCGAGUCUUGGAAUGGAGAUAGGAGCCAUUUUAUGCCAUGUCGCUGCCAAUUCCUGGUGUAGGGGAAGAUACGGGCCCUAAACCUCUCUACCAGUAAAAGAUUAUGUUUUGGAACCAAAAGAUAUACAUUCUGAAUUCUGCAUUAUAGUAUUUUGAUAACAAAUGAUAUACAUAUUAAAAGUAAAAAUGUGCAUUUUAGGAUUGUAAUUAUCAACUUCUCUUUGAUAAGAUAUGAUAAAGUUUGACCUAGCCAUUUAUUAUUUUAUAAUUCAUUUAGAGGCCAUCCACUUCAUUGCUAUGUUCUAGUUUCCUUCACAACCGUGUAUUACAUUAUAGUGAAACAAAAAUAA